UUCUACAUCCAAACUUCAUCCGAUUAUUUUUCAGUUGCAUCAUCUAUUUUGUUUGGAAUUGUGGGUGCUGCCACCAUAGGAAUUGUGAGCAGUCUACACGCCAUCUGUUGCCGACAUGUUAAACCUAGGAGAAGAGUCAAAGGAAUAGCCCUUAGAUCUUAUCAUGGAAUUUCGUCAAUCGAGGUGCGAAAUGAUCUGUCUUAUCCGAAGAUUCUCAAUCCAGAUGAAGUGCUCAUCAAAGUGGUUGCAGCGGGAUUAGAAACAGUGGAUUUUAUGAUCACACAGGGAUAUGGAAGUUCCAUCAGAUCUUACUUAAAGCAAAACAAUGAGCACGCAAAUGGCACUGUAAUACUCGGACGAGAAUGCUCUGGAGUUGUGCUUGAAACUGGUCGUGACGUCACUUCCUUCUUCGAAGGUGACGAGGUGUGGGUGGUGUCUCCUUAUUGUCUGGAGGGUCUGAUGGUUGAAUAUUGCGUAGUAAAAGAAUUCUAUGUCUCACUCAAACCACGGAAUUUAACGUUUGAAGAAGCAGCCAGCCUGCCUUAUACUGCUAUACAAGUCUGUAAUGCAGUCAUCCAUCAAGCUAAACUGAACCCAAAGACAACCAUCAAUAAAAGGAUAUUGAUACUGGCGGGCAAUACACCCUUCGGUUUGUUUGCGAUGCAGUUGCUGAAGUCUUGGGGAGGUGACGUCACAACAGCAGUCCCUACUGCCGGUCUACCCAUGUCCCGAGUUCUAAAGGCCGAUGAUGUGAUUGUUUACACAGUGACAGACUACGAAAUGGAACUACGCAGGAGGAAGAAGUUUGAUAUGGUGAUUAACUCAAUGGGGACUAUAGUCCAUCCAUUGUGUUUAGACGUCUGUUCACCUGGAGGCAGAGUCAUAACCUUCACUACANUUUAA